AUUUCCGCAUCUUCUGCACUUCGAACAAUUCUCACUGCCAAACUGAGAGUCGAUGAUACUUAUUGCUAGGCUUCCUGCGCGGCAUCCUAUUCAUGCUGGCCAUUCUCCUAACUAUGCUUGCUGAGUAGUGGUUCCCCUGUUUCCUCCAAGUGCACAGCGCAAUGUCGAACUUCAAGCGAGCGAUGCCUGCGGCGGCCGCUUCGCAGCGGAACUCACUCGCUUUAGCCAUGCGGGCGGCGACCAUUGUAGAUAUCAAUCCCGUUCUACCGGCCGAGUUGAUAUCCAUGAUUUUGGAUUACCUGCCAGUGGUAGAUCUGAUACAUUUUGCUCGCACGUCAAGGCGAAUGAAGGAAAUGGUAUACGACGAUACGCGAUGGGUGCAACGACUGAGUAGCAUGGGCUGCUGGAAUGAAGCGGAAGCGCGACAAAGAGCAGAGGAGGCCAUGCGGCAGCGAUCUGACGGGCGUAGGGCAUGGGAAAUUGGCGAUGGAAGGAGGAUAGGCGAUCCGCCUAGUGAGACCGCUCUCGGUGUGAUCGGAAAUGCCCAAGCAGGAGAAAAGUCAAGUGCAACGCUCUUCGACGCCGGAUGGGAACAAGAAAGAAACGGAUGGCCUAUGGAGCGAUCUGGAACUCAUCAGCGCCAGACCACACACGACAAAGGGUUCGAGUCUGCAACCCUGGUCUCCAGUGGUCCACAUGGUGGCUCAUACUCUGCCGGCAACAGAGAUGCUGCUGCGAUACUGAAGGUGCUUUCGAGCGUUCGGUCGGCAAGGGGAUAUGCGCGACAAGAGUACGGAAAGAUAUAUGGCGCCUUAGCUCCCUUCUAUUUCGACCUUGCGCGAGCAACAACUCACACGGACCCGAUCUUGUUUCGGACAUAUCGCGAUCCGGAGCAACAAGCGCAGAUGCUCAACCAGCUGAAGACAUUUGCCAAAAGCGACUGGGCCCAAGGCUGCAGAGUCAGGGAGGAGAAGCUUGACACGAUGAUUGGCAUCUUUGAGAACGCUGCCCUUCGUGAGUUUGAGCAAGGGAUGAAUGAAAGUGACGUCGAUGGCCGAAUGCGAAGAUACGCGAAUGUGUUAGUGACACUUAACGGUGGCGCCGCUGGUGUCGACGCGUUCAUCCAAAACAAUAGACUUAUGACCGAGAGGGAAAGCCUUGGGAAUCCGCUUGACUGCUUGCCCGGAGGCUCUCGUGGCAUGUUGCUGUUACAUCCAGCACGUGAGUUCUUCCGAAAAUUGGCGAUAACGGUCAAUGAGCAGACUGAAGUCAUUGAUCGCGUCUUUCCGCCAAAUGUCGACGUGCUAUCCGCGCUUAUAGACCGGCUGGCCGAGGAUGUGAUUUCCGAAUAUGUCACGACGCUUUUUGACGAAGCACACGAAGGAAAUAUCGAGUCGUAUUUAAAAGCUGUGUCUGGGGUGUUUGAGUCUGCACUGAGAUUUGCAAUAUCUCUUACUCCAAGCAAGGCGUCAAAACCGACUUUUUCCGAAGAGGUCAACAAAGCUGUGGCACGUUGCUUUGAACAGCAUGUAGAUUUGUACAUGCAAGAAGAGUUGCGGUAUUUUGUUUCAAAAAGCGACGCGGAGGUUGCAGCAUGGGAGAAGCAACUCUCUGAGCAAGCCGCUUCAACUGAAUCCUUCUAUAUGUCCAACGUGAGCAGACAAGCCGCGAAACAGGACUUUCUAUCGUCCUUCAGGAAGGUAGUGAUGCUUCCUGUCAGCGUUCUAACUGUUCCCUUCAGUUCGACCAGCAACGCGAAAACGUCUGCGACCGCGAGUGCGAAUGGUGAUGUUUUAUCUCCUGGAAGUCGCCUUUCCACGCCUGUUCCGUUAGAUCGUGCAGGUACCCCAAAGAAUGAAGCCCCAACGACUGAAUUAGCGGCCAAGGCCGCCAUCAUGAGCUCACGUCUAGAGGGAAUCAAAUCCCUGUUUAGCAUUGAAGUUGCCCUCAACCUGAUACACAUGGCUAAAGAGAGCUUAGAACGAAUGGCGCUCUUCGUUAAGCUUGGAGAUCAAACUGGUGAGGAAGCUAGGGAACAAUGCGAAGAAAUCUUCGUAUCGCUGCUACAAAUAUUAGGUCCACGUCAUAUCCAAAGCGGUUUUGAUCAAGCGGUCAAUCAUCUCUCGGCAUACAAUCCUCGCGAGAUCAAUGAGCAUGGACAGAAAGGUGUGGAGCCCUUGGUCACGUUUCUCGAGCUCGUUAAUGUCGGAGAUCUGAUCCAGCAAAUGGUCGAUGUAUUUUAUGCACAGGAGUUGGUUGCUGCGAAACUCUGUGACCCUGACGAUUUCCUCAGCCCGGCAUUAAAAGAAAAGAAACGGUUCGAACAAAUGUUAGACGAGCGAGUUGCUGCCGGCCUGAAUAAAGGAAUAGAUGUGCUCAUGGACGAGGUCGAAUAUAUCUUCGCAACCACGCAACUGCCCGCCGAUUUCAACCCUACUGGUCAGGUUGUUGACAUCGGACCGAGCGCGACUGCUAUUCGUAUCAUCGAGAUUGUAUCUGGUCACACGGGCAUGCUCAUUGGUAGCACAGAUAAAAAUAUGCUUGACGUCUUCAACCAAGAGGUCGGCCUUCGGCUCUUUACCGAGCUUUGCAAGCACCUCAAGCGGCAGCGUAUCAGCGUCGAAGGCUCCAUCAAGCUCAUUUCCGACAUGAAUCAUUACAAGACGUUCAUCAGGACGUUCAAGAACAAGAGUUUAAAUGAGUAUUUCAAUGCGCUGAGCGAGAUGUGCCAGCUUUACCUCGUGGAUCCCAAAGAUGCUAAAGAGAUUGGCAAAAUCAUCGCUGAUCCUGACCGCUAUCAUGGAAUCUUCCGUGCGGAAGAAGUGUAUGAGUUUGCCGAAAGGCGCGCUGAUUGGUUUAGCGUGAAGAAAAACGUGGAGAAGGCAAUGUACGGGAUGGGAUGCGUAAUGAUGUGAAUGUCAGUGUCAGAUAAUUACAGGUCCCUAGAUGGCGGUUCGGAUGAUUUUCGUACACGAGGAUUGCAUGAGGCUCUUCCCCCGCCAGUCUUCUAAUAUAAAUACACCGGCGCAAUGCUGAUACUGCCUAUGA